UCCGAGACGCCGCAUAUCUCACACGUCACCCCUUUGAUGGAACAAACACAAACCCCACAAUGAUAACCUCAGGCUUCACGAAUGCGCCUGUGUCGCAGUUUCUGGUUUUCUCCGUUGUCAUUUUCGCGCUCAUCGCAAGCCUAACGGAUACCCGGUAUUACCUCCAUAUCCAGAUCGUUCCGCACAUUUGGCAUUAUGGACAGUUCUGGAGGUUCCUAACAUGGCAGUUGUGCCAUACCGAUUCCACAGGGGUACUAUUUGCAGCUCUCAGCUUCUACAACUUGAGGGUGAUUGAGCGGCUUUGGGGGAGUCGGAAGUUUGCUUCUUUCCUAUUAGCGACCUUGCCCUACACCACUCUCCUCCCGCCCUUACUCCUCACCUUCGUCUUCCGCCCGCUUACCUUUGGCUGGAUGAACUACCUUCCCGCCGGUCCUACCGCCAUCAUUUUCGCCCUCCUCGCAAACUACUAUGCCGCCAUACCGACCACGUAUCGCUACAAGCUCUCACCUUAUGCUCCGUCAUCGACAUCCUCGAAUCCAAGCGCAGACACCCAACAACCUUUGAACUCGUUGAUGAACUGGUCCGUAACUUUGACUUCGAACUCGACAUCGUACCUCGUCCCGUUACAAUUGGCGCUUUCGCAAUUUCCCGGCUCCCUCCUUGCGGCGGCUGUAGGAUGGGCAGUGGGAACCGCAUAUCGGAGGGACAUGCUUCCCUAUGCAUCGAGUUGGCGGAUACCAGGUUGGAUGGUCGGUGAGGAGAAGAAGAGGGGGUUUGAAGGGCUGAGGGCACGGCUAGAUGCGGAGAGGGAGAGAGAUGGGGCUGGUGCUGGACUCUCCACGGGUAUACUGGCGGGGGAGACUGGAGCCCAAGGUGUUAGGGCUAGACCUGCCCAGAGGCGGACUCUAGGAGAGAUGGUCGCUGAACAGUUUAGAGGGAGAUCAUAACAUAGCCACUUCAGCAAUUGUAUGUCAAGAGAUUUGGAAUAUCGCAC